AACCGAAGGAAGGACUGCUGGGGAAGAAGAAGAAGAAGAAGAAGAAGGAGAAGAUGGGGGAUGUUUUGCUGUUCGUGGACGAUUUGCCGUCGAGCCCCUCGGUUCCUUGCUGCCGGAUUUGCCACGAAGCAGAGUUCGAGAGCGAGCAGAGCUUGGAAGCUCCUUGCGCUUGUUCGGGGACCGUCAAGUUCGCGCACAGGGAUUGUAUCCAGAGAUGGUGUAACGAGAAGGGAAGCACUAAUUGUGAAAUAUGUCUUCAGAACUACGAACCUGGUUACACAGCACCUUCAAAGAAGUCUCAAAUGAUUGAAGCAGCUGUUACCAUUAGGGAUAGCUUGCAAAUUCCACGAGUUGAGCCCGGACCGCAGAGCCCGAGAUUGGUGGCCGUGGCCGCAGGAGUGCCGAUCGAAGCCGUCUACCCCGACUGCACCUCGGCCGCCGACCGGGGCGCCGCUUGUUGCCGGACAUUGGCUCUCACCCUUACAGUGUUUUUGCUUCUAAGACACAUGCUCGAUGUGCUCUCUGGCAAACCCGAAGAAUACCCUUUUGCCCUCAUCACCGUUCUUGUUUUGAGGAUGAGUGGGAUUGUCGUCCCCAUGUACAUAUUGAUUCGGACAAUCACCGCAAUUCAGAACAGCCUCCGGCAACGUUACCACGCUGUGGAUAACGAAACGGCGAAUGACGAAACGGCGGAUGACGAAGAAGAUAGCGACGACGACGACGACGACGACGACAGUGACCGGCGGCGUCAACACAUAGUUUGACGUCUCUUGUUGAUAAUUCUUACAAUUGUUCUUUUUCUUCUUCUUCAUUCAUUCGGUGUAGUAUAUAUUGAAUUGCUGAUCUCAUUAUUUUGUGAA